GGUGUCUCCAGUCGGCCCGCAACCAUACAGGAGUGAGGAUGCAUCACUGCGACAGCCGGCGUCUCCCAACAUGACAUUUAUUCGCUAACUAUAACGCUGCGUGUGUAUGCUGUAUAGGCAUAGCGGUUUAGUUAGCUUGAUUUGAUACUGCAAUUAAGCUUAAAAGAUUGAUUCAUGUAAUCAACCAGUUAAAAAGUCGCAUCGUUUAUUGUGAAAUGGUAAAAAGAUAAUGAACAUGAUAACCUCUAGUUGUGUGAUUUGGCAAUAUUGGUAAAUUAUUUUAUCGUGUGUGAAUAUGUCUACAAGUGUUUGUGAAUAAAUAUGUCGAGCGGAAGCAACGGCAAGAUGCUCGACACUGGCCUCCUGUAUGAGGCCAUGAAGGCGGCGCGGCCAAUAGCCUGCCCUGUGCCGCACGCCCACUCUGGGGCAACAUCCACUCAAGGGGGCUCACCAACCUCCACUGUGUCCGCCUCGCCCACCACCACCUCGGCUAUAGGCCUCUACGACACCGAGAACAACCUUAACAAAGGAGGCAAUGGGGACAAGGGGUACACGGACAAACACGUGCUCAAUAUCGACAAGGAGAACUACAUGCUCAAAUGUGGCCCUCCGCCCACCCCCAUGUGUCUCCGGACUCCAUCCACUGCACCCACAGACCAAAUUCUUUUUAACGUGACAACGUCCUCCGAGUGCCGCAGUAGCGUUUUGACGUGUCUGUGUCGGCCACAGUCUUGUGGAACACCUGUGAGUGGGGGUAGUGGAUCCCUAUUAGCGUACUCUACAACGGGGGGAUCCCACAGCCAUAAUAACGGCACUAAUCCAAACCAGCAUAAUGUGUCUCACACGAUGUCCUCCAUCUUACCUCUUGUAGAAUGCCGAGCCUGCUUCCACAACGUGUGUACCUCCUACUCUUCCAACCAUCCUUGUGCUCGCCCGCAUCACGCCCUACCGCCACCCACGCUCACUACAGAUGUGCCGGUCAGCCAGUGGUCUUCAAGUAACGUUGUGGACUGGAUGGCAGCGCUUAACAUGGCACCAUACACAGAAUUAUUCAAAGCAAAGGAUAUCAAAGGAACAGACCUCCUAUCAUUGGACAAAGACAAACUUGGGAAUAUGGGCAUCAAAGAUGAGUAUCACCAAAAGACCAUCCUCAUCAAUAUAGAUCAAUUACAAAGUGAUUGUCGUGAUGGGGAGAAUAUGGCUUCUUCUGGAAUUGGUGGUAUAGACUGCAGCACCCCUGCUUCUCAUCACAACCUUCGUAACCACUCCUUCCAUGACCUCCACCGAUGUGACAAAUGUGGAAUUUACCUUAGAGGUUUUGUCCAUCAAGGACAGUUUUGUCAGGACUGUGGACUGAUAGCCCACCGCACAUGUGCUGCCACUGGAUUGCCUCCAUGUGUUAAACAAUCGUCCAAAUACUUUCGUCGCAUAUUACUCUCCUCUGUAUUUGGUUUGAGCUUGUGUACACAAUUCACUCCUGGAGAAAGUCCAGCUCCACAUCUGCUUGUGCGAUGUUGUCAGGAAAUUGUAUUCCGUGCCAGGAGUGAUCCCAACAUAGAUCCAUAUCGCUUGUACCGCACACCACCCCAACAGGAAACAUUGGCUCAGCUGAGACAGGACUGUGAUGAAGAUAUGUUCAAAGUUGACCUUGGUGCAUAUGAGCCCCAUGUUAUUGCGUACCUGAUUAAGAGAUAUCUUCGAGAGCUCCCUGAACCAGUGAUUCCCGAGACUUUUUAUGAUCGCUUCAUUGAAGCUGCUCGUAUCCAUAAUGAUGACCAAUGUGCCAAGUGUAUGUCUCAAAUGGUCACGGAACUUGUUCCUCAUCAUUAUUACACUUUGCAGUUUUUGAUGAGCCACUUCUUGCAACUAUGUCAACUCCAGGUUGGACGGGGCAUCUUAGAUCCACCAACUUUCCUUAUUCAGUCUCUCUGUCAUGUACUCCUAAGACCACCAUGGGAAAAAAUUGUGGAGCUUGCUCGUAACACUGAAGCCCACAUGCGUGUCGUGGAGAUGCUACUGAUGAAAGUAGAUUGGGGUGAAAAGGUCCCUGCUUUUGCACCAGCACCUGCUCUACCACCAAGGCCUCCUCGUUCAUCAGUAACCACAAUUGUGGAUGAACCAAGCCCACCAUCUCCUCCUAUAUCUUAUUGCUCGAACAUCCCAGCAAGUGCACCAAAGGCACUUCAAGAUGCUGAAUGGUAUUGGGGUACCAUAUCACGAGAAAAUGUAAAUGUUCUGAUGAGGGAUACCCCAGAUGGAACUUUCCUGGUUAGAGAUGCAUCAACAGGAAAUAAUGAAUACACUCUAACAUUGCGUAAGGGAGGUUCAAAUAAACUAAUAAAAAUCUGUUACUGCAAUGGAAAGUAUGGAUUCACAGAGCCAUAUAACUUCAAUUCUGUAGUAGAACUAGUGAGUUUCUGCUGUCAACAGAGCCUUAUCCAGUUCAAUAAAGCUUUGGAUGUCAGGCUAAAACAUCCAGUAAGUCGCUUCCAUGGGGAAGAGUCCGAGACUGAAAGAAUGCGAUUAGAGGACAUAUUUGGUCGGCUGAAUGACUUAAAUAAGCAGUACCUUGCAAAAACAACUCAAUAUAAAACCUCCUAUGAAAAACAUCAGGCCCUAGCUCAGGAUAUGCAGUUAAGUCGGCAAGCCCUGGAUGGCUUCACUGAAACAAUGUUGUGGAUUGAAGACCACCUCAAGCUCCAUGACAAGUUCAGAAUUGAAGCUCAACCCCAUGAAGUUAAUGAUUUGUUGACCAACCGUCAAGUACUGUUGGGGAGGCUAGAAAACGUUAAAGAGGCUCGCGAUCAACAAGAUAAUCAUUUCUCCACAAUGAAGAGAGAGUGCCUGUCUGCAGAGCGCCAGUCUACUGGUCUCAAGUUGGAAGUCUUGAAAUUAGAAAAGCAAAUGGAUCAUCUUAAGAAUUUGUUACUCUCACGAGGACUCUCUGCUGAAAUGAUGGAUCAGUGGCUUGACCAGUCGGAAAUUCAACAGCCAUGUCCAGAGCUGAAUAAUGCAGCCCUAUGGCAUGUGGAUUCUUGCUCAAGAGAGAGAGCUGCAAGUCUGCUACACAACAAACCUGAUGGAACGUUCCUCAUAAGAAUGGCCCAAAAUGGAGGAUAUGCCCUCUCAAUAUCAUGUAACAAGGAAGUGCAACAUUGUAGAAUAUACGAAGGAGGACAAGGUUUUGGGUUUGCAGAGCCAUUUUUGAUCUACCCAACACUAAGAGAGUUGGUUAGGCACUAUUCUGAGAACUCCCUACUCAUGCACAAUGACCUGCUCAACACUCCUCUUAGAUACCCAGCCCUAAUGAAUAGCUAGUAACAACCAUAAGGUUAUCAGGGAACAAGAAAUUGAUCAGGUUGUUGGAAAACUUCAACUUGGUGUAUACAAACCCAACCACGGCUAUUCUGCUGGUGAUUCAGUGCUUAGCUAAUGAAAGAAAAGGGCAGUGAUGUGGAUUUUUAUGAUUGCCAUGAAUACCAAUGGAAAUAACUGAGUUGUAUAUAUAGAGUGGACCUCUUCUCAGGAAACCAGUGACUGUUGCCAGGAAUGUCAUGGAUAGUAUAUGAUAUGCAUUCUGCAAAAUACAUGUGAUGGCUUUAAUUUGCAGAACUUAUUUUAAAGCAUUGGACAUGGUCUGUUGCACCUCUGCACAUGGUGUUUCAUGGCUGAAGGCCAUUUUGCCCCUCUACAGCUACUACCAGACUUCUCUCAGUGACUAUACAAUGCAGUCAGACAGAUUUAAGUUAUUAUAUUAAGAAUAUAUGCAAUGUUAGCUGAAUGAAUUCUGGUAGCAGUUUUGUGGAGCCUCAUUUUUUACUCUGUGGUACAAAAUAGUUUCAGGACUAGCAAAGGCAAGUUGUUUCAAAGUGACAUUGUCACAUCCUACAGAGUUUAGUAUCGAGUGAUCAAAGUACGGGUAGAACCCCUUAACAACGAGGCUACCCAUACAUAUGUUGUUUUCGUGAGGCCAAAGACAAUAAUCCAUUGCAAAUAUUUUGCUGUCAAUGCUUGAUAAACCCCAUAACCUAUAUUGUUUUAAAAUAGUUGAUAUUUUAAAUAAUAUUAACAGAUAGACUACACAUAUUCUGUGUUAAUAUUUGAUACUAUGAAAUGUGCUGUGAAGAAC